UCACGCCUCAUCCGCACUGAAUGUCAUGGCACCUGUGUUUGGGGGGCUUCUGUUGCUGAGCGUCCUGGGUGUGUCCUGGGCCCAGCGUCAGGUCAUCAUCCAGCAGGGGCCCCUGUACCGUACCGUGGGCUCUCACAUCACUCUCUGGUGCAAGGUGCGGGGCUACCAGGGCCCAUCCGAGCAGAACUUCCUCUACUCCAUCUACCUGCCGUCCGCCCCUGACAGAGAGGUGCAGGUGGUGGCCACCGGCGACCCCGCCUUCUCCUACGCCAUCUACAGCCAGCGGGUACGUAGCGGGGACAUAUCUGUGGAGAGAGUGUCCGGCGACCACACGCUGCUGCACAUCCGCCAGCUGGAGGAACGGGACGCCGGAGAGUACGAAUGUCACACGCCCAACACUGACCCCACCUACCACGGCAGCUACAGCGCCAAGAUGAACCUGAAUGUCCUGCCGGACACUCUGAAGGUCACAAUGGUCCACCAGACCCUGGAGAAGAUGGAGGGAGCCUCUUUGGAACUCACCUGUCAGGUAUCUAAGGCCUCCACCCAGCACACCCAUGUCUCAGUCACCUGGCUCCUCACCACUGACCAGGACUCUGAGAUCCUGUCCCUAUCCCGGGACUUUGUUCUGCUUCCCGGAGCGGGCUACCUGGAGAGAUUCACCUCAGGAGAUAUCCGGAUGGACAAGCUGGGUGAUGCCACCUACACACUGACCAUCCGAGCACUCCGCUUGUCAGACCAGGGGGAGAUCUACUGCCAGGGAUCUGAGUGGAUUCAGGAUCCUGAUGGAACAUGGACAAAAAUCACAGAGAAGCAGUCAGAGAAAGUCAGUGUGAGGGUGUCAGCUGUGGGGGGUGGAGGAUUUGAUGUAGGGAUCCGAGCUACAGGCGGUACUCUCAGUGCUGGGAGUCCUCUGGAGGUCACCUGCUCUGUUACCCACCUGAGUCCCGACCCGCGCCGCUUCCACGUCUCCUGGCUGCUCAAUAAUGAGGUGGCUGCGAGCUGGGAGCCGUCUGGCAUCACCCAGUACAUGAAGCUGUACAGCGCCCGGGCGGCACGGUGGCAGCUGUCAGUGGGUCGGAGAGACCAGCACACCUGGACCCUAAGGAUCAACUGGGCACACGCCGAGGACGGGGGCUCAUACAUGUGUGUGGUUACUGAGGAGGGGUCCGACAGGAAGCAGAACUCCAACCUCCUAUCUGUGACUGUGGAACCCACCGGUAACCGCGGCCGGAGGGUCAUACUCAGCACUGAUGUAUCAGCGGUCUAUGAAGGGAAAUCGGUGAAGUACCAGUGUGCGGUGCCCGGACCCCCCGUGGCGAUGUCUGUGGGCUGGUAUAGGAUGGGGUCAGCGGCACAGCCGGUGGAGGUGGCAUCACUACAGGCUGAUGGAGAGCUGCGGGUGGGAGAGGAUUAUGUCCAGAGGUACCAGAGAGGCCACCUAGCGGCGCAGAAAGUCACCCCGGGGCUCUACGUCCUGAGAUUGGACAGAGUAACGCAAAGCGAUGGCGGAGAAUUCAUCUGCAGCGUGACAGAAAGGAUACAGGAACGGGAGGACGUGUGGGAGAAUGUGACCACGGAAAGUAAUGUCAUACACAUCACCGUCACACCCCUAGACGGCUCUUUCAGCGCCACGCUGAUGACGAGGAACGCGCGGGUAACCUCCGGUGAUAACGCCACGCUAUUCUGCAGGGUGACGGCACAGUACAGCCUGCUGGAUAAAUUCCUGCUCUGGUCCUGGGACUUUCAGCCCAGCUCCAACCCGCAGGGGCCCUUUCAGAGCGUGGUCGCCACGUCCAGGAGCGACCUGUCCUGGGGAAAUUCAUCCUCAGGCUUCCGAGGAAAAGCGCAGCUCUCCGUAGAGGGGCACACCGCCACGUUGACAAUUUUCCGGGUCCAGCAGGAGCAGGGGGGAUCAUACGUGUGCAGAGUCGGGGUGCUGGAUCCAGAUGUGAACACGAGGACACCGUCAGUCCCCUCCAACGUCAUGGCCGUAAGCGUCCAGUUACCACCCAGCCGUCUUCUGAUGGACACCACCGCCCGGCUGCUGUCAGUGACCAGUGUGCAAGAUGAGGCCGCUGUGACUUGUGACAUCAAAGCCCGGACCCCUGGUACUGCCCUGAGUGUGGCGUGGCACUUCCUCCCACCCACGGCCACCUCUCCAGUGGAAAUCCUGGCGUUCAGCCAAGAGGGGGUGAUUUCUCCCAACCCGUCGUUCUCCGGACCAAGGUCCAGGUUCCUCAGUGAGCGAGUCUCUGCGGACGUCGUCACCCUGCGGAUCCUGAGACCGGGCUCCGGGCAGAUGGGGUCCUACUACUGUUCAGUACAGGAGUGGCUGCAGAAGGAGAGCGGGGCCUGGACCAGACUGGGGAAAGAGAAGACCUCCGGGGCCACACACACAGCCUUCAGUGCUUCAGAUACCACCCUGAAUGUUCCUAAGGAGAAUGUGAGCUCUGAGGUUCCGGAAGGCGGCGACGUUGUGCUGACUUGCCCCUUGGGGGUGGCUCUCAGCUCUGCCUCCCUCCACUCCGUAUCCUGGUAUUAUCAGAGGCCUGGCCUCUACUCCUCCACCCUCCUAUACCGAGCAGACCGGGAAGGGGUCACUGAGUACGAGGAGUCACUAGCCAAGCGCUUGCAAUUCGUGGCCACAAGCCGGGGGAAUUACAGCCUGAUCCUGCGGAACGUGGGGCAGGAAGAGGCAGGAACAUACUACUGCCAGGCGGAGGAGUGGAGGCUGCAGGAGGAGAGAUGGAAGAUGGAGGCCACUGAUACGUCAGGUUACCUACAGCUCAGAAUCACCAGGCUAGGAGACCAUCUGAGCGUGAACCACACUAAUGUAACCCUUCUGGUGCCAGAGAAGUCCAUCCUCACCUUGCCCUGCCAGGUACUGUCCGUGUCCACACCCAGCUCUGCCCUCUCCGUCACCUGGUGGAGGAUCCUGGGACCUGGGACCCCGGAGCAGCUGCUGUUCAAUGCCAGUCACACCGGUCUGUAUCACUAUCCCAGCGAUGAUGGGAUAGGCAGCCGCCUCCAGUAUGAGAGGGCAUCAGAGGGCACAGGGACCCUGAGGAUCCUCAGCAUCCAGGAGGAAGAUGCCGGAGUCUAUUACUGCUGGGUCCAAGAGUGGGUGCUGAUCCCCCGAGGGGCCUGGAGCCUAAUGGGAGAGCACAGAUCUGGGGACGCCACCAUCACUGUCCAGCCUGAAGGUGUCCACUCACAGGUCUGCUCUUCCCCGCUUCUCUUCUCCUUUCUUGCCGUGUUCCCAUUUCUCUUCAUAUUACUGGUGAUACUGCUGGCAUGGAGAUACCUAAAAAGAAGGAAAAACAAAACUGGAAAUUCCAAUCCCAAGAGCCGAGGACACCUCUUAUCUCCUGUGACAGUGUGUGAGAGGAACGGUGGUGGUGGGACAGAGGAGGCGGAAUGAACUCUGGUUCCUCUCAGUAACGUUCUGAAGAUAUAUUGAAGCCCUUAUAAUGUGUGUAUAUAUAUAUGCCCCGAGCCAGCAGCUGAGGGGUCCAGGCCUCGUAUUCUGAGGGUCUCUGACCAGUCCAUAAUAUCCACACUCUCUACAGGCUGAGAUGACGUAUAACUAAUAUCUCAAUAUAAUAUAAUAUUAUCAGACCAAACACAGACUGAAAUUGGUGUAUAAAUACUAAAUGGCCAUGUAUGUGAUACGGUAUAGGUGAAGGAAUGUAAUGUAACUGUAUGCAGGAGACAAAGGAUGUAAGAGGAAAGCUCAUGAUGGAGCAAUGUAACAAG